AAAAUGUUACUCGGCUUACUCCUCUUAUGUUGCUAUUGCUAUAAGUAUAACGUUUGCUGAAUUACGUUGGUUGUUUUUUAGACAAAUAAAAAUCUAAAAAUCUGAAAAUAUAAACAAAUAAGGCUAAUUUUAUAAUUACUAAACAAACAAACGCAGAAAAAGUACACUUAUAUAAUAAUACAAGUAAAACAACUAUGGAUUUUGAUAUGCAAGAAUAUUUCAACAACUUUUAUAUAUUCUUGAAGGACAAAGAAUUUUGUGAUGUAACCUUAGUUACUGAUGAAGGCUUACAAAUAGCAGCACACAAAAUUAUAUUAGCUUCUGCGAGUCGUGUGUUUUAUACGAUGUUCAAUGGUCAUUUUAAAGAGAGAAAUGAAAAUGAGAUUCUUUUAAAAGACAUGGAUUUUAAAAUUUUAGAAUCAAUCGUCAAUUUCAUAUACACUUUUAAAAUUGAUAUUAAAGAAAAUAAUUUUGAGAAACUAUUGAUGGCUGCCGAAAUGUAUGAUAUAAGUGGUAUAAGAGAAUUGUGUUUCAAAUAUAUUAAAGAAAACAUAAAUCUUACAAAUUGUGUUAGUAUUAUGAAGAUUUCCGAGUUAAUACAAUCGGACAAAGAGAUUAACAGUUUUUGUUGGGCGUAUAUUUUAAAUAAUUUCACCAUGAUUGUGAAUUCGCCUUUAGAAGCAGAAAAACUAUAUGAGUUUCCAAUUGGCGAUGUCCUUAAAAUUAUUAAACAUGAUGAUUUAGUAGUUGAUUCUGAAGAAAAGGUAUUUGAUUUUAUCAUUGGUUGGAUAAGCUAUAACACAAAUGAACGAACGCAUAUGUUGUUGGAUCUAAUGAAAUGUAUACGGUUACCUUUAAUUUCAAUUGAAGGACUUAAACGGAUUUGUAAUGAACCAUUGGUAUCAAAUAACAAAGAUUUUAAGUAUACGUUUAUGAUGGACAUGUUAAAAGAAAUGAACAAUACAAAACCUCUAUAUACACAACGAAGAGUUCCUGCAUCAAAUAUUAUUGUUGCAAUUAAUGGUCCUUUCUUUAGAGGCGAUUCCUGUAUAAAGUAUAUGGAUAUUAAAAACUAUGAUGACUUAAAAUGGAAAUCGAGUGAUCAUUUAUUUUUUUUUCCUCCACGUUUACAUACAACGAUGGUGCUCUCGGAAAAUGGGAUAAUACUUGCCAUUGGUGGGGUAGGUGAGUCUGCUAAUUAUGUCAAUCUCAUAGAUGAGCUUGAUCUUACGUCAAAAUCAAAGCAAUGGGUUACUACAAGGCCAUUGAAUCAACCACGAAUAAAUUUUGCUGUUUGUACUUACAAGCAGUACAUAUAUGUCGUCGGAGGCUGUGAUUUCUCAAGUGAGAAUAUGUCGAAUUCUGUAGAAUACUAUGAUACAAAUUCAAAAGUAUGGACCGAAAUUAUUGAACCAAUGCCCACUGCUCGAGCCUUGUGCAGCUCUACAAUAUUUAGUAAUAAAUUAUAUGUUUUUGGUGGAGAUAAUGGUAAUUUUCUUGCAACUGUAGAAUACUAUGAUUUUGAAAAGAAACAUUGGAAAAAACUGGAUCCUAUGCCGAUUUGUAAUUAUCGCAUUGGUAUAUCAACAAUAGAAAAUGUAAUUUAUCUUGUUGGUGGUCGUAGAGCACCUGAACGAGUUUUUAAGUUCGAUUUACAACAUUAUAAAUGGGAUGAAAUGCCUAAAAUGAACAUGGCAACAUAUGGAGAUUGCUCAAGUGUUGUUAUCAUGAAAAACGACUUAUUCGUGUUUGUGAAUGAUGGAGGAACAGUUCAUUGUGAAAGAUAUGACAAAGAAGAAAAACAAUGGAAAUUGGUAGACAAGGCAGGAGAGCAAUCAUACGAAUUUUGUCAUAUGAUUACUUUUAAUGAUACUGCUCUUAAAUCCUAUAGUAUAUAUUUAUAAUAUUUUUUUUUUUCCAUUUUGUUGUUGAUGAUACUUUGGGAGAACUUUAUUAUGUAAGAUAUGACACAGAAAAAAAUACAUGGUGCUAGUUGACAGGGCUAUCUAGAGAUCUAGGGAGCUAUCAAAUGAUUUUUCUCAAAAUAUUAUUGCUUUUAAUGAUGUUAAUAUCUGAAAAUAUCAUGG